GUUCUAUGCUCCCUGCAGAGAUGUAAGGGAUUUUCUCUUGGGGGUGGGGGGAGAUCAGUGAGUGGUUCUGUGUCUGCCCGGCUCAAAUGCCACCCGACUCAGAGCAAGGACUAAGGCCCAGGGAUCCUGGAGGGCGAGCAACGCCACACCUCCUGAGGACUCCCGCUUUUGCUGAGCUGCGCAUCUUACCUCCUUCCUUCCAAAGGUUCCAGGCCCCAGGCUCUGCUGUUCUCAAGUCCCGCAUGUGCCUGGCCAAGCAUUCCACUGUCCCUCCAGCCCAGUGGAGUCCUAGAGCUCACCUCUAGGACCUGGAGCCUGCCCUCCUGCCCGGAAUGACUCACCAUUAUUUCCAGCUGGAGUGAGAAGAUGUGAAGAUGGGGAGUUGGGCUGUCUGGUUGAGUAUCUAGGAUUCCUGCAGCCUCUGAUCCACUCUGUAAGGAAGAGAGCCUCGGGCUCCUGUCUAGCCAGCCAAGCGAGGCUUUCUCCAGCUUGCAGAGGGCUCCCGGGGCUCUCCUGCAGGAGUGCAGGCCAAUGCUUCUGUGUUUCCGGGGGGCCCGUUACCAGCACCCUGAGCCCCUGCUGCCAAGCAGCUGGAACGCAUAGAGUGAAGUGCUCCUCUCAGUCCCAAUUAUGACAGUGGCCACCGGAGACCCAGUGGACGAGGCUGCUGCCCUCCCUGGGCACCCACAGGACACCUAUGACCCAGAGGCAGACCACGAGUGUUGUGAGAGGGUAGUGAUCAACAUCUCAGGCCUGCGGUUUGAGACCCAGCUAAAGACCUUAGCCCAGUUUCCAGAGACCCUCUUAGGGGACCCCAAGAAGCGGAUGAGGUACUUUGAUCCCCUCCGAAAUGAGUACUUUUUUGAUCGCAACCGCCCAAGCUUUGAUGCUAUUUUGUACUAUUACCAGUCUGGGGGCCGGCUGAGGCGACCUGUGAAUGUGCCCUUAGAUAUAUUCUCUGAAGAGAUCCGGUUUUAUGAGCUAGGAGAAGAAGCGAUGGAGAUGUUUCGGGAGGAUGAAGGCUACAUCAAGGAGGAAGAGCGUCCUCUGCCUGAAAAUGAGUUUCAGAGGCAAGUGUGGCUCCUUUUCGAAUACCCUGAGAGCUCAGGGCCUGCUCGGAUUAUAGCCAUUGUAUCUGUCAUGGUUAUUCUGAUCUCAAUCGUCAGCUUCUGUCUGGAAACCUUACCCAUCUUCCGGGAUGAGAAUGAAGAUAUGCAUGGUGGUGGAGUGACCUUCCACACUUACUCCAACAGCACCAUCGGGUACCAGCAGUCCACCUCCUUCACUGACCCUUUCUUUAUUGUCGAGACUCUCUGCAUCAUCUGGUUCUCAUUUGAGUUCUUGGUGAGGUUCUUUGCCUGUCCCAGCAAAGCUGGCUUCUUCACCAACAUCAUGAACAUCAUUGACAUUGUGGCCAUCAUCCCCUACUUCAUCACCCUGGGGACAGAGCUAGCUGAGAAGCCAGAGGACGCCCAGCAGGGCCAGCAGGCUAUGUCACUGGCCAUCCUCCGUGUCAUCCGGUUGGUAAGAGUCUUUAGGAUUUUCAAGUUGUCCAGACACUCAAAAGGUCUGCAGAUCCUAGGUCAGACCCUCAAAGCCAGCAUGAGAGAAUUGGGCCUCCUGAUAUUCUUCCUCUUCAUUGGGGUCAUCCUCUUCUCCAGUGCUGUCUAUUUUGCAGAGGCUGAUGAGCGAGAGUCCCAGUUCCCCAGCAUCCCAGAUGCCUUCUGGUGGGCAGUCGUCUCCAUGACAACUGUAGGCUAUGGAGACAUGGUUCCAACUACAAUUGGGGGAAAGAUAGUGGGUUCCCUGUGUGCAAUUGCAGGUGUGUUAACCAUUGCCUUGCCAGUCCCUGUCAUUGUGUCUAAUUUCAACUAUUUCUACCACCGGGAGACAGAGGGAGAGGAGCAGGCCCAGUACUUGCAAGUGACAAGCUGCCCAAAGAUCCCUUCCUCCCCUGACCUGAAGAAAAGUAGGAGUGCCUCCACCAUCAGUAAAUCUGAUUACAUGGAGAUCCAGGAGGGGGUUAACAACAGUAACGAGGACUUUAGAGAGGAAAACUUAAAAACAGCCAAUUGCACUUUGGCUAACACAAACUACGUGAAUAUUACCAAAAUGUUAACUGAUGUCUGACUGAAAACCUAUUAAGAUCCUCACAGCUCCACAGGACUAAUGCAGAUGUUGCAUAAUAGCCUGCAUUAUAGUCAGUGCGUUCUACAGCGUGCAUCUGGUUCUGCAUGGAAAGCAACAGUCGUGCAAGUGACUUUGGGCGUUUUGAAUCUUGAUUUAGAACACAGAAUAUCAAUCGUGGCUUUCAUGCUAAUCUUCAUCACCAACUUGCAGGUUUCCAAAGAUGAGAGUCACCUAUGGAGCCAGGAUUUCAGAAAGAUACACUGAGAUCACUUCAUAUCUCAUAUACAAUCUACUACAUCAGUGCCACCCUCCCUUCCCAACUAGAUGAGUAUGUGUGCACACACACACACACACACACACACACACACACACACACCUGGGAGAUGCUCUCCCUUCUCCCCACCUUACCACCCCAUUUCAGCCCACCUACCCCUUCACAGAGGAACAUGAUCAUUUCUUAGCUUGAAAACACUGGUUACUACUCCAAAGGUCAUUCCCAUUUUUGCACUGAAAAGAACACACGGUCCUGUGUGUCGGAAUUACUUUCUGUGUCACAGGCUGGGGUUUGUGAAUUGCAGUUGCCAAGUAGAUGCUCCGGAGGCUUAUGUUUCGUAACUGAAAAUGCUGCAUUCUGCUUUUUUUUUUUUUCCCCCUGCAGUGUCAAUGUGAGGGGACCUGGAGGAGGUACUGUUAGUAUGACCGAAUAUGAGUUGUCAAGUUUCACAUUUGUUACCUUAGGCCUACAGGGAGAAACUACCCAAAUAAGGGAUCUCUCAGCUUCAGAUUUCACUAUUUUUGCAGGUUUGAGGGUCACAAAAAAAUAAUCUGGUUUCUUCAUUUACACUGGAGUUUGAAGGCUUCUGCUUUCCUAGGGAUGUGGCCCAGCUAUCCUGACACUGCAGUGAAAUAUACCAGUGAUGCAAUAGAGCUGCAUGGGUGUUCAUUGCAUGAAUCUCAAUAUUUAAAAUACAGGAGAUAACCUAUUUUCCUUGUAGCCUACACAGUAUUCAUACUUAGAGUAUUAAUAGCCUUGCGAUGGUUUUGAACUAGGGUUUUUCCCAUCAAAGGCAAAAGCUCUCCAUGAGGAAAAAAAAAAAAUAGAUGGUUUGGAAUAGGAAAUUAAACUUCUGGGCCUCCAGCCUA